UCCCCAUAGUUUAAAGUAACAUUUAUAGUUCCCAAAACGAUGACAGAUUCUACAGGUACUCGAUGGACCUCGAGCCCAUCAGAAUCAAGGAAAUUACCGGAAUUAACUCGAACGAUGUCGAGGACCGAAGCUGUUAGGCAAGACGUCAGGAGGUUGAAGAGCGUCACGUUGGAUAGAAUGGGGAAGAUGUUUAAGACGCGUAUGUCUGCUGUGGGAAGAUCUUCUUUAGGCUUGGACACCAAUGCGACGAGCGUCAAUGAUUAUGAUGAAAAAGCAUCAAAGAAAGAAAAGACAAACUCUUUGGGAAGGAUGCUUAAGCUCGUCGACAAAGAUGGUUCGCCCAGGAAACUUUUUGUUCAAUUGCCAUCAGAAGUGCCAUUAAAUUCGAAAACAACUAACAUUAUGUAG